AUGGGACCCACACGACGAUCUCCGAACCUCAUCGAGUAUGUCUGGCCUUGUGGCCACCACGACAAUGUUUUGGUGGAAAAGCCACCGGGGAUCUCUUUUGUGAGAGGGGACUUUUCACUUCCUAUCGCCAAAUCACCAGAGGAGUUUACAGAAGAAGAGAGGAAGGGCGUGCCCGGGCGGCGGAAAUGCUGCAGGUGCUGGGCAUCGAGCAGUUUGUUCAAGCCGCUCGAGGAGUGCGGGGAGUGUGAUCAUGCCUUUGUCGACUGCUCAAACUGCAUGAUUGUGAACUCUUCUGGGUCACGGGAGAUUGCCACCAGCGACAAGAGGGUUGUGGGAGAGUUUGAUCAGACUCCCGAGGCGUGGAGGUGUGGGGAGUGUGAGGCCAUUAAUACUUUUGAUGAUGAUGGGGCUUUUAAUGGGUUUUUGGCGCCAAAGGUGGCGGAUUAUGCGGAGGACACGGCCUGCAAGAAGUGUAAUGCUCCGUUCAGCGAGGAGAAUUGGGUUAUUAGCCCGUUUAGCAUUUAUCUUGGCACGUGGAAUGGGAGGAAGGUUGCUGAGGGAGGGCCAUGGCAUUGGAAUUUGGAGUGGCACCGGGAUAGGGUUGGGAAAGAUCACAAAAAGGAGGACUGCUACGGGCCGAGGAAGAAUGGGAGGCGGAGACGGGAAAAUCCAUGCAUCAAGAAGGAUUUCACCGUCGAGGUACCAAAAGAGAAUGAGGUUGUUCCAGUCCCCGUUGCUGUUCCAUCGGAGCCGGAACAGACAGAGCCAUCAAUCCUGUCUACACCAUCAGACUCGCCAUCACCAUCACCGCAACCGCCAGUCGAUGAGCCUCCAGGAGAAGACCAACCCCCGGCAUCCCCACAACUAGAGGUCGAAGGUGACGAACCACUAGACUCACCUGGUUUCACGAUCGGGGACUACGGCGAUGAUGGCAUUCCAGAGGACCACCCACUGUAUCAAGAGCGACAUCUUUCCAACCCAUACGAUGAUCAAACAACAGCUGAUCUCGGCUCAUACUACAACCCUCCACCGACUAUCCCGUACGGCGAAGACGAAGAAGAUGGGCAGACACUUGACGACUACUACCAAGAAAACCCGCCAUUGGAAGAUGAGCCUGAUUUCGAGCCAGAGAGUCUCGAAGGUCAACCACGGUUCGAGUUUGUCGUUUCUGGACCGCAGGAACAUGCUGCCGAUGAAGAGAUUGAUCAGGAGCAGGUUGGUCAUGAGGAGCCUGUUCAGGACGACGAGGAGGUGGACCAAGACGAUGCUCAGCAGGACGACCAGCACGAGCAAGUUGAGCAAGACGGCGAUCAUGACGAGGAGGUUGAACAGGAAGAGUUUGAUCACGGCGAGGUCGAUGAAGACGAGGAUAUCGCAGUCGACGACGAUGUCAUCUCCCAGCCUCAAACCCCCAUCAUUGAAGAUGCAUCAAAUGACGAAGAGACUCGGGCCGAUGUCGACCAGGCGUUGGACUCCCCUCUUCCUUCAACGGAACCAGAGGACUUGGUUCAGGACGACGACGACGCCGUCGAUUCUCAGAGCAUCCCGGAAGAUGAAGAAACCCAGGAGCCCGCCGAUGCCGAGACCCUUUCCGCGCACCAAGAACAUGUCGCCGCCGACGAUGACCUCGCCCAGGAGCACAUCUCCGACUCUGAGCAGUAUGACCAAGCUUCCGAGGAUGGAAGCUUCCAAGACAUCAACCAGGAUGAGGUGAUCUCUGACAACUUUGAGGAGGUGGAAUACAGCCUGAAAGAUCCCGAGUCCUCUGAUGAAAAUGGAGAGCGCCCCAUGGGGACCGACCACGAGGAUUUUCAGCCUGGCCAGGACGAGGUCAAUGAUGAUGGGCUUUACGAGCAGGAUUCCCCUGAGGAGGAUUUCUCUCGCGAGGACCAACAGGAAAGCGAAUACGUCGCUGAGGAUGAGGAGGCGAACGUAGAGGUGGAUCGGUCUCCCGACCUGGUUGAUGAGACUGUGGAGGAGGAAGCCGUCCAUCAAGAGGAUGUAAACCUGCCAGAAACCAACGCCCCCGAAAACCUUGCCCAUGCCGAGCUUUCAGAAGACGACUGCGCUGAAGACGACUACGCGCAAAGUCAGGCUACCCCUACCUCAGACGACGCUUUUCCAGAAGAUACCCUCGAAACUGAAGACGGCGCCUCAGAUGACGAGGCUCGUUCUCCACAUGCUGAAUCGUUUGAUGACGAGUUUCGCGAGGAGGCGGAGACAUCAUAUGAGAACGCCUCUGACGGCAAGGAGGGAUUACUGGGGCAAGACGCUGAUGAAUUCACCCCUGCUGCCUCGGACGACGAGCAAGUUGUGGAUGAAGAUGGCGCCGAGAUGACACCUGAAGACCAAGAAGAGGAUCUUCCAGCGGAAGACUGCCCCGCCGACGAAAACCAAGUCCAAUAUGGAGAGGAGGAGGCCCUUGCUGUGGAAGAUGAUGAUUAUCCUCUGGAAGAUGCCGAUGAAGCAAUUGAGGCUGAUCGCUCAUUCGAAAACAGUUCUGUCGACGGAGGGUUCACGCCCCAGGAUUUGACUCCUGUUGAGAGCCCCAUUCGUGACGAGUUCCCAGAGGAUCGAGUUCAGUCUGACGGUGAAUAUCUCGACGAGGACGCUUCUCAGUCCGUUGAUGACGGUCAGGUUCAAUACGAGAAGGAAGAAGCAUUGGAAGACGAGCAUAUCGUUGAGGAGGCUGUUGCCGGCCAAGAAGUCGACUAUUCCUCUGAAACCCAGUAUUUCACUGAUGAAGAGGCACCUGUUGAUGAAGCCCUCUACGAUGAAGAUGCCCAAGACAAUCCCCCGGACAACGAUAAUUUCGUCGACGAAGAUGGCUACGCAUCUGAAGUACCUCCCGCUGAAGACGAGAUUUGCAAUGAAGAGUACCAACCCAGCGACCAGGAAUACUUCGACGAAGAUGCCGAGUUUACUGCUGACGAUCAAUACGACGAGGAGCCUGCUCCGGAAGAUGAUGAAUACCCCGAAUAUGACCAGCAGCAGUUCACCAAUGGCGAGGAAGAACUCAACACCGAGGCCCUCGACAACGAUGCUCCGCCAUACGACGAAGAUCUCCUCCAGGAAAAUGAGUAUCAGCCGGAGGAAGAGGACUUAAUCGACGGGGAGCGCUCUCUACCUGAGGAUUUCGUCGAAGAAGCUGACGGUGAAGGUUUCGUUGAUCACGACGACUCGGAGCAUUACGACGAAGAAAUCCCUGUUGAAGGCCAAGAAUACGAAGAAGACCCCGCCUACGAAGAGGAAGAGUAUCCGUCUCAAAACGGCGACAACCAGUUUGACGAAGUGGAACCUGUUGAGGACGGCGAGUACACUGAGGAUGACGCUCAGUAUCAGGAGGAAGCACCCGUCGAUGACGGCGAAUAUGCCGGAGAAGACAACGCCCAGUACGAUGAAGAGGCUCCUUUGGAAGAUGGCGAGUACACCCCACAAAAUGACGAAUUUGUCGACGGUCAACGCUCGCUUGAUGAUGAGGUCUUUGAGGGCGAUGGCAUCCCUGUUGAUGAUCAGCCACUUGAGGACAGGGAGGAUGAGUACUACUACGACGAGCACGCUAUUGACGACGAGGCUUUUGACGAGGAGCCCCUUCAAGAAGAACCCCUUGACGAGGAGCCGACUGACCAAGAACCCCUUGAUGAAGAGCCGAUUGACAAAGAGCUGCUUGACGAAGAGCCCCUUGGCGACGAACAGGUCGACGAAGAGGGCUUCGAGGAAGAAGUCUGUGAAGAAGUUGCUCUCGAAGACGAAGCUCAGCCUGAAGAACCUCGAAUGACCGAAGAAGAGCUCCGUGAACUUGAGGAAGCCUUUGACGCCGACUUUCUCAACACCAUCUCUGGUGACUUGGGUGUUCUCGAGAUCCCUACCGCUGACGACCACAUCACCUUUGAGGAGCUUCAAAAUCAGAAAUGUGCAGAGCCAGAAGGAGAUGGAGAGCUAGAUCCCGAGGCUGAGGAGGUCUUUGAGUGCGAAGCCGACCUCGAAGAGCAACAAGACUUCGACGGCCAGGAAGAGCUUGAGGGUCAAGACGAGGAGGAGCACGAAAGCCAAGACAACUUUGAUGAGCAAGAAGACUUCGAAGGCCAAGAGGAUCUCGACGGCGACGGCGAGCGCUCCCUGGAUAUUGAAGAUGAGCAGGAAUAUCUUGAAGAUCAAGAACACUUUGGCGACCAGGGUGAACUUGAUGGGAAUGAGGACCUCGAUCAGCAAGAGGACUUUGACAACCAAGAUGAGUACCAAGACCAGGAAGAGCCCCAAUACGAUCAGCAUUUCGACGACGAUGGCGAGCGUGGGUCGGAUCUUGAGGAGGACCAAGAAGACUUCGACCGUCAGCAAGAUUAUGACGACCAACCGGAAUUUGAUGGCCAAGAGGACGUUGAAGGUCGGGAGGAACUUGACGCACAACCAGAAUUCAACGACCAGGAAGAGGACUUUGAAGGCCAAGAAGAAUAUCAAUGCGAAGAUGGCGAACGCGAUAUCUUCCUCGAAGCCGAGGAAGGACAAGACCUGCUUAAAGACGACCAAGAAGGUGAAUACCUCUCCGGUCAAGACGAAGCUGCUGAGUUCGAAGACGACUUCAACGAGGACGAGCUUGUCUCUGAGUUGCUCGACGAAGAAGAUGACGACGACCUCUUCACCGUCUACGAUGACGACGAGGAAAAGUUUGCUGUUGAGAAGAAUAUGUAUGCUGUUCUUGAUACUCCUGCUGCGGCGAUGUAUGGUCCGCCUGGUAUGACUCACGACCUUGGCUGGGAUGAGGAUGAGGAUGAGGAGGAGUAUGAGGAGGGAGAGGAUGGAGAGGAGGUGUAUGGGGAGGGAGAGGAGGUGUAUGUUGAGGGUGAGUCGUUGGAAGAACCAGAGUAUCUUGAGGAUGGUGAGGGUGAAGCUGAAGAGGGAGAAUUCCUUGACGAGGAAGAUGGUGAGCGGGAGCUUGAUGAGGACGAGAUUGCAGAGGACGAGGAGGAGUAUGUUGAGGAGGGUGAAGAGGAGGAGCUCUCUGAAGAAGAGUACCUCGAAGGCGAGGAAGAGUACGCUGAAGAGGAAGGCUUUGAAGGGGAGGAGCAAGGUGAGGGCUAUGAUGAAGAGGAUGGCGAGCGCGGCUUGGAUGAGGAGAUGGAAGAAGGUGAGUUUGCCGAGGAGGGUGGGUACAGGGAGGGUGAGGCACAGAAUGACAUCGGCGUUAGCCCUGGA